AUGGCAGCAGGAGAUUCAUUACGUUAUCGUACACGCACGAUGGUCCCAUCCGGGCCUCCGGAAACUUAUGGCUCAAGAACUAUGACACUUCACCCGGAAGAUCUUGAAGAGGAACAAAGUUCAGGAGAGGAAACAAGCAACUCUCCACAAACUGUUGGAACUUUAAAACUACGUGGUGGAGGACUUUCAGGGGACAGAAAAGUAAAAUGGGAUGAAAACGUUGUUGAUAAUGAAGGAAUGGGAAAGAAAAAAUCAAAAGUAUGUUGUAUUUACCAUAGGCCGAAACCAUUUGAUGAAUCGUCGGAUGAAGACUCGAGCAGUUGUUCUGAUGAUUCCGAUCAUGAUCAUGAUAAUGAAGGUGAAAAUAGUCACCAUAGCCAUAAUCACCAUAGAAAGAAACGGACUGGUAGUCCAAAUGCUUAUGAACGGCAACCACAUUAUAAAGGUAUGGAUUAA